UGUUUCAUUUCCAGAGACCAAGUAAGUCGAAUUUUUGGUUUGGCGAGAUAUGCUAUUUCAUCUACUAUGGCACAAAUUGAUUCGUCUAGAGACACCCAAGCCUUCGUGCGUACUAGCCUGAAGGGGUGAGAUUUCACCGGGCCAUUCCGUUUCACACUACCUAUAGCUUUUGUUCCUUGCUCGUGAUUAUCUUACUCUCCUCGUUAAGGCAUAUCAGCGAAGCUGAUAUGCAACCUCAUUCUUAAGAGUGAAUUUCUCACUGUGGCUGGCACGACGAUGCUGCCGAGAGUACUCAUCAUUCCUUUGCUCAUGAUUUCUGUAUACAACCUCGUGAGCAUUAGCCGACGUCUAUUCUGGAUGUUCGCAAACGAGAGUUCACGGCCAUCCCCUUCUCGAUGUUAUCAAUACAUAGCUCACGACAUGGCACUGGCACUGUCUCUUACAGAGCCUGAGCUUGUGGCCAUGGCUGUUGAGCAAAGUGUGCAUUUCCCGCUACUUGGAGACGAGUCCGAUCCCAUAUGGGCCGGUAUCACAUCCUCAGGAGGCGGCUAUAUACACAUGGGCCCGGACAAUCGCCUUUUCAUGAUCACAGUGUUUCAUGAACUACAUUGCCUGCGGGUGCUCAACCUUGCAUACGCUGGCUCACUCGACGCGCCCGCUGAACAUAUAGACCACUGCGACGAAAAUCCGGGGAGAACGGGUUGUGGCACUGGAGUAGAAAAAUGUGGUUGAUAUCCAUGGUAUCCG